AUGAAAUGGAAAUACACUGUUCCUGUCCGCAAAAUACGCAUCCAAGAAUUUCACUUCAUUUCCAUUUGCGAGUGUAAAAUUGAUGAUUUCUGGUCCACUAAACUGUGUCCGUUCAGCACCGUUGUAUUCCGAAAACGACACCGAGUUGGCCUGAGACUCAAUGUGUAUUCAGUGGAAGGCGAGGACAGGAAACUGGCGCUGAUUGUGAAGUACUGCAAUAGCAGCAGUUCAUUCGAGCCUGCUGCCUCCGGCGAUUACACGUGGCUUCAGCAUAGGCUUUAUAUAUCACUGGGUUCGGCCAUUGCAGCCGCUUCAGCAACUGAAGACGCUUAA